GCCCCUCCCAGCUUCAUUACAACAUACAUACACAUUGGACGCGAAAGCCCUCCGGAUCCUCGAACAGACGCAUACUGCAAUCACUUUUUCCUGACUGACUUAUUAGCUUUGGGCAAUGGCAAGAAGUGCAGAAAAGGCAAUGACUGCGUUGGCGAGAUGGCGUGCUGUCUACGUUGAUCGCGUACAAGAAACUAAGAAGAGGCCUCAUAUCGCUACAGAAUGCACUAGUUUAAAAGAUGCCUUGUAUUACCGACGCCAAAUUAUACAUGAUAUUUCAAGGAAGAUCGCUCAAAUUCAGAACCCCAGUCUAGAUGAAUACAAGCUGCGGGAUUUAAAUGAUGACAUAAACAAACUUGUUAGAGAGAAGGGCCACUGGGAGGAUCAUAUAAAAAAUAUCGGGGGUCCAGAUUUUAAGGCCGAGGCACCGAAAAUGUUAGAAAAGGAGGGUAAAGAAGUUCCCGGGAACCGGGGGUACAGAUACUAUGGCGCUGCACGUGAUCUUCCUGGUGUCCGUGAGUUAUUUGAAGAAGAACCACAGCCUGUUCCCAGAAAAUCCAGAGGCGAACUUAUGAAAAUGAUUGAUGUAUCCUACUACGGGAAUUGUGAUGAAGAUGAUGGGGUCAUCGUUCCACAGGAGGCUGUGUACGAACCGGAAGCCAUGGCUCGUAAAGUUGCAGAAUGGAAGGCUCGUCGUGAAGGUGCAGACCGUAAAUGCAUCCUCACAAAACGUGACCUUGAGAUUGAAGAUCACGAGGAGUUAGACGAAGAUACUUCAGACUUAGUGAAUAUUUACUCCUCAUCUGAUAACCCGGCAGAUGACGAAAUUAUGCGCCUAUAUGAAGCGAUAAACGAAGAUGAACAGUCAACUUCUUUACCAAGUGCAGAAAGCCUUGCGGUGCUCGGUUCAGUUAUGAAUGACCCAGAGGAGGAUGAGUUUAUCGCUAUGGUCAACAGUCGUGUUACCACAAAAACGAUGAGCUCGUUGGGCCAUGUCAAAAGAGCUUUCGUUGCACAUGUCCCAGUUGUUACGCAAUCUCAGAUAGAAGCUUCCCUAUUGGAACGUCGCAAACAGGAAAUCCUCGAAAAGUACAUGUCCGCUGAUCUCAUAGCCAGCAUGACGGAAACUGGUCAAAUUCUCGGACUUGACGACUGUCCUCAAGUCGAUCUGGAUGCUAGCGAUGCACAAUGCAAAAAUAACGUUGGAUCGAAUGACAUCACUCAACAUUCCGAUGAGGAAAUAGAGGAUGAAGAUUGCAAUUGAUCAACUAUGAUCCUAGCACCGAAGUGCGAUGGAUCCAGAUGCCACGACUCACAUCACAGGAAUGACAAUAAAUAACAACGGCAAGAAUAUGUUGCUGAAGACGGAUGGAAUGUAAAUUUAAGUAAGAAGGAAAUGCGCUAAGCUAAUCAGUAUGGAACGAAAGUUAUCAGAACAUUUACUGCAACAUGGACAGAAGACGAAUUCGCGCAACUUUCUUGCACCAAUUUAGUUUUGGUCGAAAUGCAGCGGAAACAGCCCAUGAUAUUAGCAGUGCAUUUGCUGAUGGAACUACCAAUAAGCGUACUGCACAAUUUUGGUUUCAAAAAAGGUUACGGGAGGCUUGAAAAUAAAGAUCGUUUUAGACAGGCAUUGGAAUUGAACGACGAUCAAUUACGGGUCUUUGUUAAAGCGGAUCCACGUAAGACUAUUCGAGAUGUUGCUGCUGACUUAGCAGUAUCGCAUGUGACAGUUUUAAACCAUUUACAGGAGCUUGGAAUGUCGGAAAAACUUGAUAACUGGGUGCCGCAGGAAUUGAAUGAAAAUCAAAGAAAUCAUCAUUUUGAGAUGUCGUCUGCCGUUCUACGUAAUAAAAACGACCCGUUUCUCGACCGGAUUGUGACUUGAGAUGAAAAGUGGAUUCUUCGCGACAAUUGGCGGGGAAUUUCUCAAUAGUCGGACCACGAUCAAGUUCCACAACAUUUUUCAAAGCCGAACUUACACCCUAAAAUGUUACGGUGAGUAUUUGGUGGUCUGCGGCUUGUCUGAUUCAUCACAGAUUUCUGAAUCCAAGGGAAACCAUUAUAGCGGGAAGGUAUUGUCAACAAAUUUUCGAAAUGCACCGAAAACUGCAACGCAGAUGCCCGAUAAUGGUCAGCAGGAAGAGCCAAUCCUUCUCCAUGAUAACGCUUUGCCGCACUUCGCACAAACAAACCUACGGAAGCUGCACGAACUGAGCUACGAAACUUUGCCUCACCCACGACACUACCCUGAACGUUCACCUACCGGUUACCACUUUUUCAGGCACCUGGAUAACUUCCUCCGAGAGAAAAGUUUUAAAACCCAAGGAGACGCUGAAACCUCCUUCGACGAUUUCAUCGCCACCAGCACUCCGGAGUUUUCUUCAUCCAGGAUUUCCACAGAUACGAUGGUUGG